AUGACCGUGAGCCGCCCUACGAAAAUUAUCGUGGGCAACAUAGGCGACCCUACGACGACUGGGCUCACCAAGAAAACCAACGUGGACCUUACCCAAAAGAUCGCCAUGCAAGAUCUCCUUCGCCACGCCGACCCUACACUCCUCCUCAGGUAUAAAGACCAGGACAGUGGGGAGCUGAAGAUCAAGGGCGCUUCCACCCAGCAGAUUAUGAUGAUUACCGAAGAGACCGCUCUCGCUCGCCCAGAGGAGACUUUAGACGCCCAUAUCGGGACCGUGAUCGUGAGGGUUAUAGGUCACCAAGCUACGACAGCAGGGAAAGAAGUCGCGGCCGAGGCCGAUAUGCUAGCCGUAGCCGUAGCCGUAGCUACGGCCGGCAUAGAGAACGAUCUCCUUAUUACGGAGGACCUCCGAGCAGGGAGAUUCCCGUCUUUGGAGCUUUCGACAGCCUUCGUAGAACGGAACUUUCCCGCGAUUUAUAUAAAAGCAAAUGAUCCGUCAAGCCGCAAUGAUGAGCCUACCAAAGUUCGACUAGCAUACAGCCGUGAGAGAAGUGACAAAGGAGAAAAGGAGAUGGACGCCGGAGAGUGGGCUUGCCGUACUUGUGGAUUUCACAACUUCUCAGGGCGCACAAAGUGCAGAAGUUGCGGUCAGAGCCCCUUUGAUCCUUCGAUGUAUGCGUCGAUCCUAGCUAGGAAUCCAUAUGUAAAUAGUGGUGACAGCGACGUGGCCCCUGAUGGUAGUCCAUCACAAUUCUUGAUCAUUCGAGGCCUUGAAGCUAGCGUCACGGAAGAUUUGCUUGCCAAAGGCGUCUCUAAACUAUACAAGCCUACUUCAGCACAUUCGGUACCUACGUCUAGCGCCAAGAAAGAUCAUUCGAAAGUACUGUCGACUACUGGUGAUUCAAAUCUUGGAGCUAAGGAGGAUACUCUGCGGAGAGUUCUCCUGAUCCGAGACCGCCGCACCAACGAAAGCUGGCGUUAUGGAUUUGCUGAGUUCGCCACCAUCGAGGACGCUCAGGCCGCUUUGAUCCGCUACAGCUCAUUCAAUAGGUUCACAAUUUCCUCAAAACCUGUGACUGCAGAUUAUAUCCAUGCUGGAGUUUUUGUGCCAGAUUUAAAUGCUACCGAAGCAACAUCUAGAUUCACGUUCAGUCCUACUGGUAAUUCCGCUACUAGAUUUAGAUAUUGGGAUGAGCAGGUCUAUGUUAGUGAGUUGGUAGUCUCAACGACCUCGGCUGUCGACAAGACUUCUGGUUCUCGGGUUCGAUCAGUACAGGAUGAGAGUUCAGCUACUAUGGGAUCUUCGAAAGGAGGUAAAGAUGCUGAAAACAGAGCUAAGAGACGAAAAUUUGACACGAAAGACAGCACCAAGCAGAAAGCCGCUGGCUCUUCGCAACUUCAAUUUUGGAGCGACCGCCACGCGGAGCUUCACGGCUCGAAACAGCCCUCCGCUGGACGGCAAGAUUCUAAUGCCUUAGAUCUGAGCAUGAGUCAAGUUGAUUCCUCAUCUGGUACGUUGCCAGCCAAUUCUUUUCUGGAUCCAAGGACACAUGUCUGUUUCCUUUGCUGGGAACGCCCGCGCAAUGAAAAGAAUUACAGAGAGCAUCCAAUGACAGAGAAGCAUCAGAAGAAUCUCAUGGACAAAGCUUUGGUCCAAAAAGCCGAGGUUUUGCAAGCGCGAAGCCCGAAAACUUCCUAUAUUGAUAUCGCGAGAAAAUUCUGUUACUUAUGUCACACUCAUUAUCCCAGCGAGGUCAGAGUUGUGCAACAUGAACUAUUGCAAGACAGUCACCAGGAGAAUCUCAAGGACGAAACCACCAUUGAGCGAGCAAAGAAAGAGAUGUCGAAACCAAAAUGCAUCGACUGGGACAGACUGUUGUGCUUGCUCUGCCUGGAACAGUACUACGAUGAGCUCAGUCUAAUUGGACAUGAAAUUGCUGACGCGAAACAUCAAGAGAUGCUGAAACGUGAAGGAUGCGUCGAAUUAGCCAAAGCUAACUUAGCAAACCCAAAUUCCUUUGCAGACCGCCAAAGGCAGGUUUGCUAUCUUUGUCUUCAAAAGUUUGAGAAUGUAGCUUGUCUGAGCCUCCACGAAGUGAUGAGCGAAAAUCACAAAGCGAAAUCGAAGGACUUGGAGGCAUGUGCAAAAGCUAAGGCCCAGGUUGCAAAGCAAUCGUACGCUGAUGCAAUUGGCAAAUACUGCUACCUCUGCAAGCGAGAUUUCGAGACAGAGCCAGAGCUGAUACGACACGAAAUCAUGGACGCUGAUCACAAUCAAUCACUUUUGAAUGCAGGCAUAGUAAAGAUUGCUAAGGCCAAGCUCAAAGAUAAUGGCAUUCCUAUCAAAAAAAUCAUUAAAGCAGUACCAGACGCGGAGUAUCGUGACCGCGCUAAAGAACGUCGACAGGCGUUUGGGAAAACCAAAAAGAUAUCCUUCACUCCAAAGAAGGUGGACAGAGAACCCGAGGAAGAUAGAGACGAAGGCAAAGCUCCCGGCUCAAAGGGUGCUUCACUACUUAACAAAAUGGGAUGGAAAGCUGGAGAAGGAUUAGGCGCACAGGGAACGGGUAUGACAGUUCCGAUUGAGACCAACCUGUACGCUGCGGGGGUCGGUCUCGGAGCGGAAGGUGGUAAUGUUGGUGGGGCAACAGAGGAGGCAGAAAGAAACACCAAGAGCGAUUAUCGCGCUUUCCUAGAGCGAACGAAAGAUAAGGCGAAGGAGCGAUAUGAAAAGAUGGCUUGA